GGUGGUUUCACUAGGAAGCAGUCUGACGUGAGACGAUAGCGGCGAAGAAACGCUGAGUACAGAAACCUAAAGACAACCGGACGAAUUCACUCUGAUGGUAUUUUGUCUCCUGUCAACGAACGAUGUCAGUCACUGAGGACCUACCAGACAUGGAUGGAGCAGACCUGUUAGGGCUUCUGCUCCACAACCGAGAGGACGGAUCUACUGAGCCUCUCUUUCCUGAUGAGACUGGACUCAUUGAAUCCUGGCUGUCUGAACAAGAUAUGUUGACAGGUAUGGACACUGAAGACUUUCUGUCCAGCUUGUUGGAGGGAGAGGACAACGUGGGGGAUUUCUGUCCCUCUCACUCUCCCUUAGGCAGCGACAGCGGGAUUUCCGAUGACAGCAGCACCGGAGUUGGAAACAACAACCGUCUGGGAUGCCCCAGUCCCCAGGGUAGCGACAGUGAUGUUGUGCCCAGUCCCAGCUACUCCCAGCCCAGCCCUGUGCCCUCUGACCCUGCCCUGACCCCUGCAGAUCAGCAGACAGAGAGCCCUGAGGCCUUAACAGUCCGGGAAGACCACAGCUACUCUAUGCUGCAGAGCGGGGACAGGGACGUGGAUAUGGAUAUGGACAUACUGCAGAGUGUGAGGGCGGAGAAGCCUGACACAGAUGUCUUCAUUGAUCUAGAUGACUAUGUGAGUGAGGUGAUGGAGGAGGACCUCAUGAGCGAGCUUCCCUGCACUCUCGCCAUCGAGGACUCAACUCAAGAUUCAACUGAGCCAAACACAGAAGACCAGUUCCAGUUCAAAGACAUCGUGCUCACUGAGGAGGAGAAGCGGCUUUUGUCCAAAGAAGGACUAACUAUUCCCACACACAUGCCUCUCACAAAGGCAGAGGAAAGGACCCUGAAGAGGAUCAGGAGGAAGAUCCGCAACAAGCAGUCAGCUCAGGAGAGCCGCAAGAAGAAGAAGGUGUAUGUGGACGGACUGGAAAACAGGGUUGCCAUCUGUACUGCACACAACCUGGAACUCCAGAAGAAAGUCCAAAUGCUUCAGAAACAGAACAUCUCCUUGAUAGAGCAGCUGAGGAAACUACAGGGAAUAGUGAAGAUGUCGACCAUGAAGGCCAGCACAACCAGCACCUGUGUCAUGGUGUUCCUGCUCUCUUUCUGUCUCAUCAUCUUCCCGUCAGUCAAUCCAUUUGGUGGAAAAACAGAACAGAAGGAACUGUACACACCCUCUUCCAUCAUCUCCCGGACCUUGCGCUCAAUUCCACAGGAAAACACAGAUGUCACAUACUACACGAAGCUGGACGAAGAAAAAGAAAAGCUCCUCCUGAUGCCCACAGCCGAGGUGGAGAACCAUCAAGCCAUCUUCGCCGGCGGUCAAAAUAAUCACACCCCUGACUACCAGAGGAUGGAGAAGCCAGACUCUGAAUCUGGAGUCAACAGCAACUCGUCUGCAGACUUCCCUGGUCCGGCUCAGGCUGCAGAUAUGACAUCGCCAGGAGUCGGGACCUUACAGGAAGGAUCCAUUGAUGCCUCUGUGAAAUCAGCUGUGGCAUAUGAGGUCACAGGAUCCAAGGAUAACUGGAUAGAACAGAACCCCCCGUCUGUUAUAUUACCGCAGCACCGCUCAGAUGAGAUGUAGUAGGGAGAUGUGGGUACAUAUUACCAGCAGAGGGAGCCAUAUUUAUGAUUCUUAGCAGAGGGACACUUAAGCUUUUUGAAGGGAUAAGGUAAAAUAAUAGUUCUAAUCAAGAUAUAUGAUCAGUCUCUGUCCCUACGAUUCCCCUUUAACAGCCCUCGGAUGUACUACUGUUACUUAAUGUGCACUUUUUUUUCGGAUUUCUUGCUCCAAAAAGACAAAAAGAACGUGAAGAGAGAUGUUUAUAUUUCAGCAGCGUAAAUGCUGCAAUUAUAAAACACAGGCAGGAGGCCAGAUGCUGUGCGGAUAGCACUGAGGGCUCCAAAAUAAUUGUACAAUGCGGUGCUGCGGCCAAAAAUCCUAAAUAUGUUGAAAACGCCAUCAAAAAAUGAUGUAGAGAUGCAGUAGGUUACUUCAAGAGAAGUAUUAACUAUUAUUUAUUACCAAAUCUUACAGAGAGCUUUGUUUGAUUCUCAUUAGUCUGGUCAGCUCCAGCAGAUCCAGGUGUUAAACUGCUCAUGAACGAAUCUCAGAGUAAAUGAUUGUGAAUCAAGCCGUCCGACAGUUGCCAGAACUCCAUUUAUAGUAGGAGAUUAGCUGCUUGCCUCUCAUAAUGCUUGAUCAAAGUGGUUGUUUGACCACCGUAACGCUUAAGCCAUUGCAGGACAUUUGGCCAUUUAGAAGACUUGUAAAGUUCUUUUUUUUUAGUAUUUCCCUUGUAACAAGGGUAUCCAUGCUCUUUUUAAAUUUGGGAAUGCUCUUGUUUUAUGUUGUACAGCAGCGCACAAAGAAGAAACUGCUUAAUAAACAAGACCCUGAUCGGUCAACAUUGUUAGUGAACCCCAGCCCACAUCCACAGUCUCCUCUUUUCCAUCCUCAUGGGACAGUUCUUACCUCUGUAAACAUGCCUGAAAUAACUGAAUAAGGGGUCUCAUAUAUUUGCUCGGAAAGUAAAUUUUGCAGUAAACUGUACUUAAAAAUGUAAUGACCUGUUGCCAGUGAUGCAUUUUCGUUGUUCCUUUGUGUUUUUCUUACAUUAUUGUUAUUAAUGGAAUCUAAAUGGUAUUGAACUGCUUUUUGUCAUUAGACAGUCAAUGAGAUUUUAAAUGUUGAUCAUGUUGAACAAAUGCACUGACAUUUGACAUAGUGUAAGAAGGGAAUGUAAAUAUGCGUAUAUAUGAUUUUAGCUCUUCUGUACAUUUGAACUCUAAUGUUUAAGAAUUCAUGUCAGGACAUCUAUAAUAAUAAAACUUUUUAUAAAUCACAAA